AUGAAAAAUGUUGAACAGCGUUUUCAAGCACUUGAGGAAGAAACGAGGAAAUUUAAACCACUUUUGGAGAGCCUAGAUGUAAUAGAGCCGAAAAAUGUUGUCAGUAGUGUUCAAGAAAUCGCACUCAGAGACCUUGCAUUUGUGACGGCUGCAACUCGAGAUCAUUUCGACGAAGCCUACAGGUGCAUUUUUCAAACAAACUAUGCUACUUCAUGA